AUGUCCUAUGGAGGCAUCUUGAAAGGGAUAACAGGUCUCUUCACUACUAUGGUCUUGGCCUCAAAUGCAUCGUCUUCUGCAACCACGACGGCGCUCUUGAACGAGCUAGCUAUCUCUCAACCCUCGCUUCUGCAGCGGUCGACGCAGACAAUCCCAGACAUGUUUCCCAAAGCUUAUCGUUGGGUGGAUGAGAUGCGCGAAAUUUCGACUUUUGUCAGUGGACCUAUGGGCGAUGUCCAUCGAGGUUUGGCGAGCGUUUUUGAAACCGUUGAGAAAUCUGUCAAUGAGGACGGAAAUGCGAGGCAAGUUUUGGAGAAAUUCGUAAAGGAUGCAGAGGCCGUGUUAAAAAACACACAGUAA